AUGAGCAGCAGUGAGGGUGAGGAGGGGCCCCUGGCUCCCCUCUCGCACCGACUCCGGGGGAGGCUCGCGGGGAGCCAGGCUUGCGGCAUGUCAGCCCCCCCGCCGCGCCCCCCCGGCGGGCCCCCCCCCGCCGCCGCCGCCGGGCGCUCGGCCCGUGGCUGGGACAUCUCAGACUCCGAGAGCGAGCGGGGGCCGGAGCGGGGCACGGUGCCGCCCACCGCCCGCGAGAGGCGGCAGCGCCCGCCCGCAGGGAAGGAGAACACCGGGGCGACCAGGAGGGCGUUAGCGCAGAGCGUGAAGGCACUGAAACCCAACCACUGUCUCAGCCACAUGUUGCUCUCCAUUGACCCCGGGCUGCUGGAGGAGGACGUGGGCGGGGAGACCCUGAGCGCACUGCAGGCCACGCAGAGCAGCUGCGUAGUCGAGGAGCAGGCUGUCGGCCGGAGUGUGACCUGGCGCAGGAGACGCGUCCAGCCCGGGGCUGGGGGCGAACACACGAGUGAAGACUGGGUGGAGGAGCCUCACGUCUUGGUCCAUGUUCCCCUGGAGGGGUUCUUGUCCAUGGUUCACACCUACUCGCAGGAAGUACGAGGUGCUGACACUGAAGGCCAGGUGACGUUGCAGAGUUUCUCCCAGAGUAUUCUGGACAGAAGUGCCGGGAGGAUUCCUGCUCUGGUUGUCAUGGGAUUGGAGCAGUAUUUCAGGACUCAGCGGAAGCGACUGGUGACAGAGCAGGGGGGAGAUCGACCAAUGCGCCGGAAGCAGAAGAGCCGAGUUCGGGUCUCGCGUGUGGACGUGGAAGUGGCUCUGGUGCACCUACAGCUGACCACAGGUGUCCAGGUACAGUUCCUGGAGACCUGGAAGGAGUUUGCGGAUCAUAUCAACAGGUUCACUAAAGCCGUGGCCGAGACUCCUUUCAAGAGAGGGCGAGAGAAGGCUGACAUCUCCUUCUACAUGGAGAAUCAGGGGUCCAGAGAGGUUAAAGUGGAUCGUUCAGGGAAGGGUCUCUUACAGGUUUGGAGUAGACAGAUUCAGCAAUUCAACAGAGUCAGCGCUGACAUGGCGAAUGCCAUCGUUUCCGUAUAUCCAUCACCGUGGCUGCUUAAUCAGGCGUACCAGGAAUGCAGCUCAGAGCGUGAGCGACAGAGACUUCUCGCCGCCAUCCCUGUGCGACGUGGAGAGGGGGUGACUUCGUCGACCAGAAAGAUCGGCCCACAGUUGUCAAAGCGCGUCUAUUUGCAGAUGACAUCCACAGACCCCAACCUUUCACUGGAAAUUCACGAUUCAUUGCACGUCGAGACCUGUGACAGGGGAGAUGGGGGGCCAUAAACCUUUGGAUUUCCUACUAUUUUCAGGGGAAAAGGGUGCGAGUCGAGUAGCAAUGGUGGAGGUGACACCUCUCAGAGGUACAAUGUUGGGAAGGUAUUCUGAUCUUAUGUAACUUACUGUAGCAACAUACUGAGCCUCUGCACACUUAGUAUAGUGGCUAAAAAAAAAUUAACAUUUUUUAUUUUCAAAAAGUCAUUUUGGCAGCUGCCGUGCACUGCAGUAUCAGCAGAGCGGGGAGCCAGUGCGAUGGAUUGAGCACUGCCGUGUGCCCAAGGAUAAUGAUAAUCUUGCCUUAAGUACAGUGCCUUUCAGAGAGGACGUCCCAAAGUGUUUGGCAGGAUUUACCCGUAAAGUGUAGCGACCGUCUUGUGGCUGAACGAGAUGCAAUGAUCAUGCUGCAUUGCUUUGGGGCACGGUGGGGGUGGGAGGGGGGCGCGGGAGGGGGGUAGCUGAGAGUACCACAAACACAGAGGUGAAGACCGUGUAUAGCAUUACACUGGGAAUCAUUGAAGAGAGAAUAAACAGUUGCCUCGGUA